AUGUCUUUGUGCUUAAAGCUGCUCCAUGAGUCCCAAGGGCACAUCGUUAGUAUGGAGUUGGAAAAUGGUUCUACUUAUAGAGGCAAACUGAUUGAAGCGGAAGACAAUAUGAACUGCCAGAUGAAAGACAUAAGCGUCACUGCCAGAGAUGGACGCGUUUCUCAUCUUGACCAAGUAUACAUUCGGGGAUCUCACAUUCGAUUUUUGAUUGUUCCAGACAUGCUCAAAAACGCACCUAUGUUCAAAGUAGGACCUGCUCGUGGUACGCCGUUACCGACUCGUGGUGGACGACGUUAA